UGUGGUCGUAAGGAAGGACACAGUUAUCAAUGAUGGCGGCAUAUUGAUGACAUUAAACCAGAUAUUCUUACAAAUAUUACUAUUCCUUGAACAAACUGGCAAAAAAUAACUUUGUUGGACGUUUUUAAUCUUCAUAGUAGUAGUUAUCACCGGUUUCACAAAAGCAAAGGGUUUAAAAUGUCGGAAAUGCGUGUUUUGCAUCAACGGAUAAACUCUGUCAUCAUGGACAUACUAGCCUCCGCUGCGGUUACAGAGAUUUGUAAGUUAGUAGAAGAUUGUUGUGGAGCAUUACGUGCAGAAGUCUCUCAAAGCAAAGAUCAAAUCAAAAUACUACAGAAACAACUCACCCUGGCUGAGUCGAGUUACGGGUCGGUGAGUUGCAAAGAAGGUCAGACGCCUGUCAGCAGCGGCUCACAGAUAAAUAACAGUAUUUCGGGCAAUUCCCCCGCGGCCAAUGAAGAUGAUGCGGACGACACUCACGAUGACGAAGAUUUUCAGCAGUUCUUUGUCUCUGAAGUGGAGUUUCUCCCCGAGCAGCAGCAUUGUAAGCAGGAGUGGAGCCCCAGUCUGGGGAAAGAUGACUGGAACCCCAUACAGAUUAAAGAGGAACAGGGGGAAUUCAGUAUCAUCCAGGAGGAGGAAGACACUGUAUUCACUCCUGCCUGGGUGAAAAGUGACUAUGAUCAGUACUCAAAUCAGUCCUCACAAACCCAAAGUGAAAAAGACAGAAUGGACUCGACUGAACAGAUCAAAAGAGAACCUAAGGAAGAUGAUUCAUGGACAGAAAAAGGUCAAAGCUCAAAGGGUAGAAAAUCCAUGGAUCCGAAAUCACCAGUGGAAAGGAGACGCACAGAAGUGCAACCAUUUUGCUGUAGUGAUUGUGGGGAACGUUUCACUCAGAUGGGAGAACUGGAUGCUCAUAGGAAGGCUCACACAGCAGAGAAACAGCAUCGCUGUGGUGAAUGUGGCAAAUGUUUUACUCAAGUUGGGUAUCUGAACUAUCACAGAAAGACGCACACAGGGGAGAAAUCUCAUCGCUGUCAUGAUUGUGGCAAAUGUUUCUUUAGAGUUGGUGAUCUGACACUUCAUAUGAGGAUUCACACAGGGGAAAAACCGCUUUGCUGCCAGGUCUGUGGCAAAUGUUUUGCUCGUCCUAGUAAUCUGAGGUCUCAUAUUAGGAUUCACACAGAGAAAUCUUACAGCUGUCAUUAUUGUGGCAAAUAUUUUCGUCAUAAAGGUAAUCUGACAGCGCAUAUGAGGAUUCACACAAGGGGAAGUAAUAUUGUCGCUAUAGUAGCAGAUCUUUCACCACUGGCGAUAAUCACAUGAGCGAUUUUUAAAGUACAUUGCUGUCAGGAUUGUUGUAAAUGUUUCACUAAUUGUUAGAAUAUGAGGAGACCGAGGUGAGGAACCACAUGCUACCAUGACUGGCAAAUAUUUCAUAAUCUUAGGUCUUCUGAGAUCUCUUUUGUUCGAGGCAUGGUUCACAUCAGGCAAUGCUUCAUUUUUUAAAAUGUAUUUAUUUCAGGGCAGCUCUAACCAACAUCUCAAAUCUCGUGUCAUUGAUUGGACGGCAGGUUAGCUGAGUCCUGACUCCAAUUAGCUUUUGGAGAAGUCAUUAGCCUAGUGGUUCACAUACUUUUUCCAACCUAUACCGUGAAUGUUUAGAAUAAUAUAUUCAAUAUAGACAAAAAAUACAAUUUGUGUUAUUAGUUUAAGCACAUUGUGUUUGUCUACUGUUGUGACUUAGAGGAAGAUCCAGGUAAUUCCAAAGGCUUCACAUGCUUUUUCUUGCAACUGUACUCCUCUGGCAGAUACACACACACACACCCCUUUUUAAACUAUUCAAAGUCAAAGAUGGAUCCAACCCUUGGCUUUCAGUUUAGCUCUUUCAGAUUAGAAGUCAGACCUGGGCCAAUUCAAGGAAAACUGACUCUGUAGUGGACUGGCAAUUUAGUCCACUACAGCCUCUAGCUGACACGAUGGUUAACCUGUCAACUUCUAGUGAAUCUUUUUGUUUUCAUUUCAACAAUUUACUAUCUGUGACAUGCUAGAUGCCUUUUCUUAACAUUGAUGUUUUUAAAAAAUCCCCUGUGACUGAUAUUCUUGAUACAUUUUUGCUGCAGCUCACUGCCCCCCUGAUUGCUGUAUUAUUAACCCAUAUUUUUAACCUGACGAUUAUACAUCUGGUACUACCCUUAAAGUUUGGAAGGCGGCCCAUGUACUCCCCCUUCACUUAAGAUGGUGACCCUUGUGACCUAAAUACUUAUUGGCCUAUUUCUAAACUUUCUUGCCUUGCUAAAAUAUUAGAAUACUUGAUUAAUUCUCAGCUAAGAACUUUCUUUUAAAUGUUUUCUAAAUGUAUCAGUCGGGUUUUAGACCAGGUCAUAGCCCUAUCUCUGCUCCAUCCCUAGUUAUAAAUGAUGUGGUUAGCUGUAUAGAUGAAAGGCAACAUUGUGCUGCCCUCUUCAUUAACCUGUCAAAGGCUUUCAGUACUGUUAAUCACUCACUGUUAAUACAGAGGCUUUCAAUUGACCUAGACCAGGCUGCAUGUAACUGGUUUAAGAGUUACUUGACAGAUAUAACUCAAUGUAUAAAAAGGUGUCCUUCGGGUUGAUUCUGGGUCCUGUACUUUUUAUAUUAACAAUAUCAAAUUGUCUGUAAAAAAGUGUAACCUGCACUUGUAUGCCAAUGAUACUGUUGUGUAUGCUAUUGCCUCCACCCUGUUGACCAGGCUCUAUCUGAACUUCAGUCUGCCUUCAUUGUAUUGCAGAAAAACUUUAUUGACCUAAAAUUAGUACUGAAAACUAAGUAACAUCUUGUUCUCUAGAGAGCAUAAAAAUAAGUUUGUAAUUUGGAUGGUCACUUUUUACCCACUAUUGAGUACUUUCUUCCUUUUGAAGUUAUAAAACAUUUUAUGGAAAAGUUAUGGAAUGAUUUCUUAAAGAGUGGGAACCCUGUUUAAAAAAGAAAAAAUAUCACAAUUACUUCAAGCGAUCCAUGUGUUUUGUAACUAGUAUAAUAUAAUUUUUGCCUUGGUUAUUCAUUUUACAGUUUCAUGUUACAUUACUCUUACUUUGAAGGAUUAAAAAAAAACUUGCCCCGGAAGUUCUUCAUUACUGUUGGCUUCACCGGUGACGGAACACACAACACACGCUAGCCAGCCAUUGGCAUUCUCUGAAAAAUGUCUAAAUUGGAGUUGUUGAGAGUGAUUUUUAACCAACGAUGUACAGGCGCUGCAGAUGAGAUAUUCAGAGCCGUUGCAAAAACGAUAUCAGAGUACCAGGACAACGUUAAUCUAUCGAAAGAGGACAACGGCCGUCUACAGGGGCUGCUUGACGUCAUCCUGAAACCUGAGAUAAAGUUGUAUAGAGCAGAUUUUGAGCAGUUCAUUGUCUCUGAAGUGGAGUUUCCCCCUGAGCAGCAGCAAUUUGAACAAGAGUGGAGCCCCGAUCUGGGGCAAGAUGACUGGAACCCCAUACAGAUUAAAGAGGAACAGGGGGAAUUCAGUAUCACCCAGGAGGAGGAAGACUCUGUAUUCACUCCUGCCUGGGUGAAAAGUGACUAUGAUCAGUACUCAACUCAGUCCUCACAAACCCAAAGUGAAGAGUACAAAGACAGAACAAAACCUAAGGGAGUGGAUUAUUCAAAGCCAACCCGUGGCUCUUGGCCCCAGCCCAAAUCGAGGAGGACACCGACAGAAAAUAGAAAAGGCUUUAUCAGCUCCAAGGGUAGAAAAUCAAUGGAUCUGAAAUCACCAGUGCAAAGGAGGCGUCACACAGAAGAGAAAUCAUUUUGCUGUAGUGAUUGUGGUGAAUGUUUCACUCAGAUGGGAAAACUGAAUUCUCAUAGGAUCAUGAUACACUCCAGAGGUAAUCAGUUUCGCUGUGAUGAAUGUGGCAAAUGUUUUGCUCAGUGGGGAUAUCUGAAUUCUCAUAUGAGGAUUCACACAAGGGUGAAUUGUGGCAAAAUAUUCACUCAGUCUGGCCGUUUCGAACCCUCCUUGACCACUUUGAAGGAUCGCAGGGGAGAGAAACUUUAUUGCUGUGGUGAAUGUGGCAAAUAUUUUUCUAACACUGGGUCCCUGAAUUAUCAUAGGAGGUCGCACACAGAGAAGAAAUCACAUCGCUGCCAUGAUUGUGGCAAAUGUUUUUAUAAAUGUAUGGAUCUGAAUAUUCACAGGAGGAUUCACACAGGGGAGAAACCAUAUCGCUGCCAGUUCUGUGGAAAAUGUUAUAAUCAGCAGACUUCUCUAAGUUAUCACAUGAGGAAUCACACAGAGACAUCUUGUAACUGUCAUUAUUGUGGCAAAUAUAUUCGUCAUAGAGGUAAUCUGACAGCGCAUAUGAGGAUCCACACGAGGAAAAUCAGAUAAUUGUUGCUAUAGUAGCAGAUUUUUAAGCACUGGCAGUCACAUAUGACAGUCAUAUACAUAUGCACAAUGUAUAUAUGUAUAUGAGUGCAUAUGAAGAUAAUCAGAUGAGCAAUAAACUAUUUUGCUGUCAGGAUUGUGAUAAAUGGUUCACUCAUUCCAAUCUGAAUCGUCUGGGGAGACAGAGGGGAGGAACCACAUUAAUACCAUAACUGGCAAAUCUUUCACAACUGCCUUUUAUUUGACACUGCGUAUGAGACAUUCACACAUUACACAUUUUCUGUAGAAAAUGCUUUAGUGCCAGAAGUGCAUUGAAUAGUCAUCAGAGAACACACAGCAAAGAACAACCUUCAAAGCCUGAAGGUUCACCCGAGGACACACUUGAUUGACCUUUACUCUGGUAGCCCUGAAGCCUGAUCUCUAUUCAAAUCAAAUUGUAUUGGUCAGAUACACAUAUUUAGCAGAUGUUCUUGCGAUUGUAGCAAAAUGCUUUUGUUCCUAGCUCCAACCGUGCAGUAGUAUAUAACAAUUCAAAAAAUGCCUUGGAUCAAAGGAAUUGGAUCCUUGAAACAAAAGUUAUUACUGUUCGUAAUGCUGGUGAGAUACCGCCGCUCUGAUAUCUAAAAGUACUUUCAGGCUGUAUGUAAUAACACACACACAAAUGCUGGGCUAAUAAUAUAAGAAGUAACACACACGAAAAAAAUUCUGCAAAGUUGCUUAGCUAGAAGCAAAGCUGCCAUGACUGUCGGCACAAUCUAUGCAUAACUAUUAAAGGCCAUAAUCAGGACAUGUUCUGCUUAACCUGUCAUUUUCCAUUCUGUAUUGGCAGUAACUUUCAUUAAGUGUGAAACUAUUUUUCCACUGAGAUCAGAACUUGUGGUUAAUUGUGUAGCCCGUCUUUUCCAGAAACCAAUUUGUGUGCUUCAUUGUUAAAUAUCACCCAUCGUCUAUAAUGAUGCAUGUAUGUCUCAUUCAGAAUUACUGUUCUUGUCACUCAGAAGAAUAAUUAGCCUUUUAGCCAUUUGCCAUUUUAGCAGUUGUAUCUUGAAGAGGUUGCUGACUUUGCAGAGCGAUCUCCCAGUAGGCCUACUGUUUGCGCCAUUAAAUACUUUUUCUGAACUUGA